GGCGGGGCUGAGCUGGGCGGCGCCGCGGGAAGCAAAGCAAAGCAAAGCAAAGCGGGGCAAAGAGGGUCGCCUUGGCUCUCGGUGCAGCGGCGAGAUGGCGGCGGCCGGAGCUGCCAGGGGCCCAGGGAAGUCUCGGGAACCGGAGCCUCCGCCUUGCAAAGCGGACACAAGUUCAGACCAGAUCCUUCAGACAGGAACUGUGCUUCUGAAGGGAUUUAUUUGGGACCGAAUGCAAAGCUGUGGGGACUCUGAACGUAUCCAGGCAACGAUGGCAGAGCUCAAGGACUCAGAGUCUCAGGUUUGUGACCCUAACACCAAGCGGUUGAGUGAAUGCCUGCGCCGGAUCGGAGAUGAGCUGGAUGGAAACAUGGAGCUACAGAGAAUGAUAGAGCAAGUCCAGAUGUAUCCCCCAAAGGAGGUUUUCUUCAGAGUAGCUGCUGAGAUGUUCUCUGAUGGGACCUUUAACUGGGGACGGGUUGUAGCUUUGUUCUACUUUGCAUGCAAGUUGGUCCUGAAGGCAGUUUGCACUAAAUUACCAGCGCUAAUAAGGACCAUCAUUAGCUGGACAAUGGAAUACAUACAGAAUCAUGUCCUGGUCUGGAUCCAAGCCCAGGGUGGAUGGGAAGGCCUCCUGUCCUACUUCGGCACCCCCACUUGGCAAACCAUUGCUGUAUUUGCCGCUGGCGUCUUGACUGCCUCAUUGACCUUCUGGAAAAUGUCUUAAUCUUCAGCCCCCUUUGAUGGGGGUUCAUUUUUGUUUUGCGGGAACAAGGGGGGGCAGGUUCCCCUGAUCUUCCUAUUCAAGAAUGAAUAUGUAUGAUGAUGAUUUCCCCCCCCCCCCCUCAGCUGUGGGCUUUAUCAAGCCAACAAAUACUGAUGUUCUUUAUCUUGGUGCCUUUUUAGGGGGUGAAAAUAUGCCCCCUUCUUUUUCCAGGGGUGUGUACUUUUGGGCUUUGCUUUUGACCAUCUGUGCCUCAGGGAUGAGAGGUCAGAGGACCAUGGAGGUUAUCCAAGCUUUGGAAGGAUGAGGAGAACAAGACAAAGGUUGUGACAAGCUUGUUCUGGUUUGCUAGGAGGUCACUUGGUACUGCUGACCUUGUAUAUGUUUUCUGAAAGAAAGAUUCUAGCUUUUUCCCACCAAAACCAGCAGCUGUAUGUUUCUCCACCUUUCUCAAAUCCAAAUGGAUUCAAAUGCAUCUGUGUAAAGCAAGUUUUGUCCUAUCCUUUACCAUUCUCUCUUCAGAUGGCAAAUCUUAGAAGUUAUAUUUGAACAGAUUUUCAGAAAUGCAGAUCCAGAAUUCCACUGGAGAAAACCUAAUUUUUGUUUGGAAAGAACUGAAGAUUUUUCAUCUGACCAGAAGAUUUUGGCUUCAUCAGUUCAAUCUUUAUUUUAUUUUAAAGCUGGCAACUGAUCAGGACAAGAUUUAGCACACCGGAGUGGGUGAAUUUCAGCAGAUUCUGCAUAGCAACUGAGGCACCUGUUCGUUGUGUUGGUUUGGUUUUUUUUUUU